AUGCUGGCGAGGUCGUGCCUGCGCUCGACGCGAGCGCUGGCCAGCGCAAGAAAUAGCGCGGUUCAGUUUACCAAGCGGGCGGCAUCUUCCUCGAGCUCCGGAUCCACUGCCGAAUCCCCCCUUCGCCUGAACGUGGCCGCCGCCGCCGCGACUGCCGUCGCCGCUGGCUCAAUCGCCUGGUACUACCAUCUCUACGGACCGACCGCACACGCCAUGACGCCGACUGAGGAAGGCCUGCACCCGACCAAGUACCCAUGGGUCCACGAACAGUGGUUCAAGACGUUUGACCACCAAGCCCUCCGGAGAGGUUUCCAGGUGUACCGGGAAGUCUGCGCUUCGUGCCACUCGCUCAGCAGAAUCCCGUACCGGUCCCUUGUCGGCACCGUCUUGACCGCCGAUGAGGCCAAGGCGCUCGCCACUGAGAAUGAGUACGACACCGAGCCCAACGACCAGGGCGAGAUCGAGCAGCGGCCCGGCAAGCUGUCGGACUACCUCCCCUCCCCCUACAAGAAUGACGAGGCCGCCCGCUUUGCCAACAACGGCGCCCUCCCUCCCGACCUGAGCCUGAUCGUCAAGGCGCGCCACGGCGGAUGCAACUACAUCUUCUCCCUGCUGACUGGCUACCCUGAAGAGCCCCCCGCCGGCGCCUCUGUUGGCGCAGGCCUCAAUUUCAACCCUUACUUCCCUGGAACUGGCAUCGCCAUGGCUCGUGUCUUGUACGACGGCUUGGUCGACUACGAGGACGAGACACCGGCAUCGACGCCGCAGAUGGCCAAGGACGUGGUUGAGUUCCUCAACUGGGCGGCCGAGCCCGAGAUGGACGAUCGGAAGCGCAUGGGCAUGAAGAUACUAGUGGUGACAUCUGUGCUGUUCGCAGUGAGCAUCUGGGUCAAGCGAUACAAGUGGGCGGCGAUCAAGUCGAGAAAAAUUGUCUACAACCCGCCAAAGGAUAACACGACCACCCGCUUCUAA